UGGAGGAGGCGGGAAGGGGUGGUUCUCUACCCCUCGGCGGGGAGCUACGCCCCUGUCAAACACACACACAUACACACAGUGAGAGACGUGAAAGUACGCACCGCGGACAACCAGCCGCGCUUCCUCCGCCGAGAACCAAAGAAGAGAACCGAGGACCGUCCUGUCCGGCUCGUCCUCUCCCCGCCUCGUUGCGCUCUGGUGCGGGCACAAGUUGUGGACUAAACCCCUUGCGACUUCCGGUUAUUUUUGUCGGAGCACAAGUAACGGCGGAUGAAAGGACAGUGAUGGAGUUUCUCUGACAAACGUGCCCAGAAAGCGAGGUCUUACUUCCCCACGUCCACGUCCACAUCCACCAUGCCCAUCCUCAAGCAGCUGGUCCACUCCAACCAGUCCAAGCGGCGCUCCAGGGCCGACCUGACGGCAGAGAUGAUCAGCGCGCCGCUGGGGGACUUCCGCCACACCAUGCACGUGGGCCGCGGCGGCGACGCCUUCGGGGACACGUCCUUCCUCAGCACGCGGUCGGGCGAAGGCCCCGACGGCGACGCCAAGCAGGGCUCGCCGGGCCCCAAGUCGGGACUCCUGGCCCGCACCUUCCGAGGCAGCAGGCGCUCUCAGUCCGUCAACCGCGGCGACAAGUACGAGUACGGCACCGUGGCGCCGGCCAACUUCGUGAAGAACGCCAUAUCCUUGCCGUACCUUAACGAGGAGGGCGGGAGAGGGGGUGUGUCCUCCAACCCCAUGAAGAAGCUGGUGGAGGUGGACGUCAAGCCGGCGAACGGCGCCGCCGCCAUCGCCACCUUCGACGCCGAGCUGGACGAGCGGAAUUUCGGCGACCUGGGCGACUUGCCGCCGUCCGUGCCUAAAGGCGGCAGCUUGAAGCACGCCGAGUCCAUGAUGUCCUUCCACAUCGACCUGGGGCCGUCCAUGCUGGGGGACAUCCUGAGCGUGAUGGAGAAGAAGGACCACGAGGACGUGGACUUGGGCUUCGAGGAAGGCAAAGGAAGCGAGGGCUCGCCGUCGCACAUCCCGCUCAUCGACGACGACGACGCGGCGGAGGUGCGGCCGCCCGCCAGGCCGCCCCGUAUGAUGUACCCCGCCGAGGCGCCCUACACCCCCGAGUUGCACGCCAGGGACGCCCAGCACCUGGACAGCUGCUCCGUGUCCAGCGCCGGCUCGGUCUCGGAGGACAGAACCGCGUACCACCCGAGCAACCACCUGCAACACUACGCCGACACGGACAGCGCCAAGUACAGCUCGCCGCGCGGCGACGAGGACUUCUCCUUCAUGGACGACGAGGACGACGAGAUCAGAGUAUAAGCUAAGGACCAAACUAACACCCUAGUCUUCACUAAUACUCACAAGGCGGAACCGAGUCACGUGGACGUCGCCUACAGCCGCGGGUGUUGCGGAAGGACAAAGACUGCAGCACGUGAGUCGGAUCAUUUUCUUUCUUUGACCGAAUGCUCUUAAAGCUACGGCGCACUUAAUCAUCAGAUCGACGGUUUUAUGAACGUUUGCGGCGACCUUGGGAUGUUUUUGUACGUUAGAAAAACGCCGAUGAGGCAGUUUUUGUCAGAAUCUGAGUGGAAAAGGAAGGACGUGGCGCGGACUUUUGUUUCCUUGACUGACUUUUUGGUAGCGACCUCACCAUCCAAUCACGACGUCGAUUGACUUAAACGCAUCAGAUGUUUCCCCGCGCUCGUCGUCGGGGGUCAAAGGAUGCCAGAAGACGUCAACUCGCCGGUCGCAACAUUAGGUACGCCUGCAGCUUUCCCAGCAUGCAUCAUUCUUUUUAACACAUGAAUAUGAAUACAUUUUAAUAAUAAUAGAUUUUAUUCGUAAAAAAGCACUUUACACUGAGCAAACAACCUCAAAGUGCUACUGUGUAUUAAAAAAAGAAAAGAAAAAAGAGAAUAAUACAAAUAAAAACUACAACUAGCACGCAUAAAUCUAAAAAAAAGCGUUUUCAAAAAGAAGCCCUUUUUAAAGGCCUACUGAAAUGAGAUUUUCUUAUUUAAACGGGGUCCAUUCUACGUGUCAUACUUGAUCAUUUCGCCAUAUUGCCAUAUUUUUGCUGAAAGGAUUUAGUAGAGAACAUCAACGAUAAAGUUCGCAACUUUUGGUCGCUAAUUUUUUUGAUAGCGACCAAAAGUUGCAAACUUUAUCGCCUUGCCUGUACCGGAAGUAGCAGAUGAUGUGCGCGUGACGUCACGGGUUGUGGAGCUCCUCACAUCCUCACAUUGUUUAUAAUCAUAGCCUCCAGCAGCAAGAGCUAUUCGGACCGAGAAAGCGACGAUUUCCCCAUUAAUUUGAGCGAGGGUGAAAGAUUUGUGGAUGAGGAAAGUUAGAGUGAAACACUAACAAAAAAGGCGGAGGCAGUCGGGAGCGUUUCAUAUGUAAUUAGACACAUUUACUAGGAUAAUUCUGGAAAAUCCCUCACCUGCUUAUUGUGUUAAUAGUGUUUUAGUGAGACUAGAAAGUCAUACCUGAAAGUUGGAUGGCUGCGGUGAACGCCAGUGUAUCUGAGAGAAGCCAAGGAGCCAAGAUCAGAGCUGCCUUUUUGAGGUUCAAGAGGAGGUCCCAUUUACCACUCAAGUCUCCGGUAAGAGCCGACUUAAUAUCAGAAUUUUCCCAUCCAAAAACUUGCUGGUCGACGUAGAGAAACAUGUUCGCUUGACCGCUCUGUGUUAAAGCUUCACAACAAACAAAGAAACACCGGCUGCAAUCCACCGCUUUCCACCAACAGCAUUCUUCUUUAUAGUCUCCAUUAUUAAUUGAACAAAUUGCAAAAGAUUCAGCAACACAGAUGUCCAAAUUACUGUGUAAUUAUGCGAUGAAAAGAGACAACUUUCAGCCGUAUGUGGUGCUGGGCUAAGAUGUCCGCUACGACCAAUAACGUCACAAACACGCGUCAUUGUUCUGCGAUGUUUUCAACAGGAAACUUAGCGGGAAAUUAAAAAUUGCAAUUUAGUAAACUAAACCGGCCGAAUUGGCAUGUGUUGCAAUGUUAAUAUUUCAUCAUUGAUACAUAAACUAUCAGACUGCGUGGUGGGUAGUAUUGGGUUUCAGUAGGCUUUUAAAAAGCAUCCACAGUCUGUGGUGCCCUCAGUUGGUCAGGGAGAGAGUGUUCCACAGACUGGGAGCGGCGGAGCAGAAUGCCCAUAGUUCGGAGCUUUGUUCCGUAUUAUUUUAAAUUUAUUUUGCUGUUGUAUAGGCAGAAUGUUCUUCUCCAUUUAUAGUAACAUGCAAACUACAACCACAUUAUUUGAAAUCAAAAAUAUAUUUUUUAUACUAUCAUAUAAAAUAAAGUAUAAAUUAUUCCUUUUAAAAUAUGUAUUUUUAUCCAAAUUAUCAAACGUGUUGUGGGUAUAAAGUCAGAAUUUUCUUUUUUAUUUGUAGUGCUAAACAUAACAAAUAUAAUUUAAAAAAAAUACAAAAAAAUAUUUUAACUAUAUUUUUUAACAUGAGUAAAAUAAAGUAUGAUUAAAUCAUUUUAAAAAAUACGUGCCAAAAUGACAAAAUACUGUGUACAGACUGGGUGUAAAGUCAGAAUUUUCUUCUUUAUUUACAACGAUAAACAUCAAUAAGAAAUAUAGUAGUUAAACUAAAACAUUAUAAGUAUUUAUUAUACAUGGUUAAAAUAAUGAUUUAUUUUUAUUUAUUUUAUUUAUAUGUAGCAAAAUGACAAAAUACUGUCUGCAGAUUGUGGGUGUAAAUUCAGAAUUUUCCUAUUCAGCUAUAGUAAACUACAGCCAAGUUAUUUAAAUUCAAAAAUAGAUUUUUUUAUACUAUUAUAUAAAAAAGUAUAAAUAAAACAUUUUAAAAUAUGUAUUUUCAUUGAUCAAACAUACCCUGGGGGUGUAAAGUCAGAAUGGUCUUCUUUAUUCAUAGUGAUAAACAACAAUAAUAAAUAUAUUUUAACUAAAACAAUAAAAAUAUAUUUUUAAAGAUGGGUAAAAUAAAGUAUGAUAAAAUCAUUUUAAAAUGACAAAAUAUUGCAUACAUAAAUUCAGAAUGUUCCUAUUUAGAUAUAGUAAACAAAAACCCGAUUAUUUUAACUAAAACAACAUAUUUUUUUUAAACAUGGGUUUGUUAAAUAAUAUUUAAAAAUGCUAUGAGAAACAGAAUUUACAAUUUUCUCAAGCUUAAAUAACAAUAAAACAUAUAAUAUUUGGACUAAAACAAUAUAUAUAUAUAUUUUUAAACAUGGGUAAAAUAAAGUAUGAUUAAAUCAUUUAAAAAAAAUAUGUGGCGAAAUGACAAAAUAUACAUAAAUUCAGAAUGUUCCUAUUUAGCUAAAGUAAACUAAAACCCGAUUAUUUUAACCAAAACAUUUUUAAACACGGGUUUGUUAAAUAAUUUUGAAAAAGGCUAUGAAAAAACUGAAUUUACAAUUUUCUCAAGCUUAAAAAACAAUUAAAAAAAUAUAAUAUUUGAACUAAAACAAUAUAUAUUCUAUUUUUAAACAUGGUUAAAAUAAAGUAUGAUUAAGUCAUUUUAAAAUGACAAAAUACUGCAUACAUAAAUUCAGAAUGUUCCUAUUUAGAUAUUGUAAACAAAAACCCGAUUAUUUUAACUAAAACAACAUAUUUUUUUAAACACAUAUUUGUUAAAUAAUAUUUAAAAAUGCUAUGAAAAACUGAAUUUUCAAUUUUCUCAAGCUUAAACAACAAUAAAACAUAUCAUAUUUGAACUAAAACAAUAUAGACAUAUAUAUUUUUAAACAUGGGUAAAAUAAAGUAUGAUUAAAUAUAUAUUUUUUAAAAUAUGUUCCUAUUUAGCCAUAGUAAACUAAAACCCGAUUAUUUUAACUAAAACCACGUAUUUUUUUAAACACGGGUUUAUUAAAUAAUUUUCAAAAAUGCUAUAAAAUAACUGAAUUUAGAUUUUUCUUCAAGCUUAAGUAGCAUGUAAACUACUUUAUUUUUUAAAGUUUUAAAACAUAAAAAUAUAUAUUUUUCAAAAAAGAUCCUAUUUGGCGUACCUAAUGUUGUGUCCCACAUAGAGUAUUUAGCCUUUUUUGCUAACACUAGCAUGAUGUUAUUUUCCUCACGUGCGUUUAUCUUUUUUUUAUUAUUUACUCCUUUUUUUCUCUCUCUCUCAAGGUAAAAGGGUUGAUUAAAAAAUUUAAAACAUUUUCACACAAAAAGGAUGCUUCGUCGUUAAUGCUGGGGACUUUAUUUUGAAAAGUCGCUGUUUUAUCAGCAUUAUUACAUCCUGAUGGAAAAUUGCUGUGAAAAUUAUCUGAGCUGUUUUUUUUUUUGUUGUUUUUUGUUUUGUUUUUCUGGACAAAUGUGCAAACAUCUGCAUAAAAGCAGACAAAAGCUGGAAGAAGUUUCCUCCUAUCGAGUGCCAUGUUACUUUUCCACACAUCACACAGUAAUUCCUUUCAAUAACGGCUCCAUUUUUCAAUAAAAGCUGCUGAUAUUAAA